AUAGUGAAAUAAACAUCAAAAAGAGAGAGGGGCCAAAUGUGUUGAAUCUGUCUCUUUCAUUUCUUUUAUAGUAGAAUAGAAUAGUAGAAUAUUAUGGUAGGAUUGGGUGAAAUGGUGGGGUUGAAAUUUCAGAACUAGUUGGUUAGACUUUUUGCUCUCUUAGCUUAGCAGAGAAAGGGAAAGAAAGAGAGAGAGUAAAAGUGUUGGAAAAGGGUAAAAGCUAAAGGCUUUUGGGUUUUUUUUCUCUCUUUUGUGUUUAUUCAUCUUCUUUGGGUUUCUUCUCUAAUGGGUUCUUGUUAAAAAGUUGAAAACUUUACAUCUAAGUUUCACACUGGUAUUCAGAUUUUGCUCAGCUCAGGCUUCAACACAAUACGAUUGUGUUAUUUGAAUCCAGCAAGCUGCUAUGCGCUGUGUUGUUGUCUCGAUAGAAUUCUUCGAUUCCUCUAUGAUUAAUUCCCGAAGAUGGUGAGACGUCAGCAAUCGUCAUUCUUACAUUAUUGAUUAUAGUGAACAGUCAGAUAGCAGUUGUGACCUCAAAAACAUGAUUGAGCUUUUCAUUUCUGGUCUUUGAAAGUUUUGCUGAGGGAACAUUGUGCUUGCGAGGAGUAUCCACAUCGAAACCAACAUUGUUGACAGUGGAAUUUCCUUAGAACUAAUCAAAAAGGGGAAACAUUAUAGUCGGGAUACAAAAGCAUCAAAAGUUGUGAAAAUGAAGGGAUGUGGUAAAAUUAGUAUUUCCUUACCUGACAAAAAGUGCCCAAAGAAUGAAGCAUCUUUUUCCAAACAAGAUUUUGCAAACAGUACAAGGGAACAAUCGUCUUGUAUUUUAACUUGUGAAAAGGUCUCUACUGCUGCAUGUGACAUUAGUGAUGAGCAUGUGCAUGUGACGUUAGGUUGUGGAAAUCUUUUAGAACAGCAAAACAUAUCUGCAAAGAGUGAUAUCAGCUCAGAGGUAGAACGAGACAACAAUGAAGGAGAUGCCAGGAGAGCACUCGUAAAUUCUGGAGAAAAUGGAUUAAGUUCCAUUACACAAACGGAGUCUUCAUGUUCUAACUCAGAUGUAACUCAUCAAGUUAAUUCCUCAAGUCAGGAAACAUCAACAGAAGCCAAAACAUUCAUGCAACAGAAUGGAAGUGCUUCCGCACCGAUUAGUUUCAUUUCUAGUAUGGAAGAUCCAGUGACAAGCAGUGAAGCUUCAGGUUUGGCUGCACAAAAUUCUGUUGGUAAUGUUAAAGCUAACACUAAGGCAUUGGUGGGGAUGGUUAAGGACCAAAAUUCCUUACAUCUAUCGACAUGCAGUCAUCAGCUGCGGAAAAAUCAUCGUGAUAAGGUUAGUGGAGGUGUUGAUUGUUCUGGUAACCAUAACUGCUCAGCUCAAACAAACAAAGAAAGCCAUUCACGUCAUUUCUAUUCCAAGGGGGAAGAAGAAGUUUUGCUGCAUCUUCAAUCAGAAAAUAGAUCGUCUUCAUUGGAAUCUGAAGAGAUGGGGGAUCCUGCAAAAAAGCUCGAGUUUAAUGGUGGCCUGAAAUCACCUGCUUGUCCACUCACAAAGUGUGAAAUAGAUCAGCGACAAACUUCAGUAGUCAAUAUGCUUGAUUUGAAUGAGGACGUCAACCAAAAUGAUUUGGAUGAUGAUGCGAAGCAAUCAAAUGGUCAAAAUAUAGUGAUACGAGUAGUAGCUAAAUAUGGAGUUCCUUUACCUCCCUUGUCUACGACUGUGAAUUCAUUGAAAUUUGAAGGCAGGCUAGGCUGGAGGGGUACUGCUGCGACCAGUGCUUUUCGCCCUGCUGCUUCUUUAUCCAAGAGUUCAGAUUGGGACACGAAAAGAAUUAUGGAGUUUGACCUUAAUGUUGCUGCUGCUUCAGAAGACGAAUUGCCAAGUGAAAAUAGGAUUACAUCAACUUUUAGAAGUUAUUCUUCAAAUCAAAGUUCAAAACAAGCAGAAAAGAUGUUUAACUUUGACCUCAAUUUGCUUGGCGAUAAUGCAGAUGAGAAAAGUUCUUUUCCUGUGAAAUCAGAAAAGUUGUCUUCAUUUUCCCUGAAUUUGAAUGAAGAUCCACAAUUUCAGAAGAGAAUUAUAGAAUCUGCAGCUUGUCCAGUCUUUUCCAGAGACGAUCAAGACCUCAAGUUUGUUCGAUUAGGUACCUGGGGAGACAUGAAGAACUCGGGCCAGCCAUUUCUAGUGGCUACACCUAAUACGCAGCACACAGUGCAAAACAUGGUGCCACUGCAGUCAAAGUUACCAUACGCGGUCCAGAUGUUACCAUCUUAUAGUAGUUACCCCUCCAACAAUGGUCCGUUAUAUAUUGCCCCAUGCGCAAGAGAUACACAUGAAGGGGUCACAUUCCCUCAGGUGCUCAAUAUGUCAACCUUUCCUGGGGGUCCAUAUCUCAUCCACGGUCAACGUCCAGGUGGCGCCACAAGACUUGAUGUAAAUAGUGGACAAGUUUAUUUGAUGAAUGGUUUAAGGAAGGAUAAUAUUGCCACACACUUCUUUCCUAUACAAAGUACAGAAGAGCAAAGGAAAGUUUACGAACAACCGUCUAUGCCCAUGAAGAGGAGGGAACCAGAGGGGGGAUAUGAUUCUUUCCAGUCUGCUACUGCUUAUAAACAUAAAAAUUAAUGCUUUCUAAGCAUCCAUUUCACUUGGAAGUGCAAGCAAAUCUGUCGUCUUAACCGAAAUACAAGACAUGCAUGGAACUACUCAUAGGUGGCUUUCUUAUAGCCCCAGCUUUUCCCACAGGGCAUAAAGAACUAGGUAUCUCUUUUUGCUUCAGAUUAGUUUUUCAGAUAUGUUCUGCAACUGGAUUACCUUAGUGUUAUUGUACAUGAGACGAUUUCAUAUUCUUGAAACUGUGGAAUUGAUGGUGAUACAAGCAACAGAAUUUGAAAUCUUUACUGGCAUCUGGAUCUUUGGGCUUUUUGCAUGCAUUUUAGUUUCAUGGUAUUUCUGUUGAUGGGCCUUCAAAAGCCCGAUGCACAAAGCAUCUUGCAUUCACGCAGGGUUCAGGAAGGGUCUUCUCCAAGGGGUGCGAUGGAGGUGAUGCAAGCAUCAGUGGUUGAUUCUAUGGCUCGAACUAGUGACCUAUAGGUCACACGGAGACAACUUUACCAUUGAUGAGCCUUCAAAAGCAAUUCUAUACCUUUUAACUCCCCCUUCUGUUACCUCAUUUAGUAAGGUAAUCUUUGUUGCUACGUAGUGUAAGUCUGAAAAUUUGUGAGGUCUUCCUAUGUGAACUACUUGAUCUGCGGAGAAUAGUUUAAGGCAGCCCGGUGCACUAAGCUUCCGCUAUACGCGGGGUCCGGGGAAGGGCCGGACCACAUAAUAUACAGCCUUAUCUUGCAUUUUUGCAAGAAACUGUUUUCACGGCUCGAACCUGUGACCUCCUGGUAAUAUGGCAGCAACUUUAUCAAUUACGCCAAGGCUCCCCUUUGGAGAAUAUAGUUUACACUGGUGAUUUUUCUGUCCAAUGUCUUUGACUUGAGAUGUAGUUUGUGUUGCUUGUGUAGUUUAUGUCCCAAUGAUGGGGUAAGUAUAUUUGCUUGCAAUGUAUUUGUACUAAUACAGACCAUCAUUGUUCAUUGGAUUAAAUAAAGAGCUAUUUAUGUUUC